AAAAAAUUCAUCACUUUUUUAUAUCAUGAUCACUUGGUUCAUCUUGUGUCCCCUUUUCCUGCCUCACACUUCAAAUGUUGCCAUGCGUCUCCCUCUUAAAACUUUAAGUUGUAGACUUUCUGCAUUGGAUCAGCCCUUAGUUUUCUUUUUCUUUUUUUUUUAUUAUAUAUAUUUAAAUAAUGAAGCAAAUGAAGUUUUUAGUGGUGGGUCUGUAAACAUUGAGAUUUUAUCACAAUAUUAUUUUAGAUACUUUCUUCUUCUUUUUUUGAACAAAUAUUAUUUUAGAUACUUGACUCCUCUUUAUAAAUGAUCAAUUAAUUAAUAAAAAAGAAUAUUCUUAUUGCGCGUCAAAACUGAUCAAUUAAUUAAUAAAAAAGCAGAAUUUUUGGAGCACGUCAACGUAUAUUGGUGGAAGAAAUAGAGCCAGGAUGUAUCAAGACUUCAUUCCAAAAUUGAAGAAAACACGCAGAGAAGGCAGAGAAAAUAGAAGGAAAGGGGAAGCAAAAUUUAGAGAGGAAAAUAAAGUACGAGUCGAAGAGAACAAUAGAAGGGCUCAAACACAUUUGAUAGUGGCAACGCUCAUAGCAACAGUUACUUUUGCGGCAGGUUUCACAAUGCCAGGUGGAUAUGAUGGCAACCAAGGUCCAGAACAAGGUAUGCCAGUUCUAUUAAGAGCAGCAGCUUUCCAAGCAUUUGCCAUUACCAACACUAUAGCUAUGAUCUGCUCAAUUUCUGCUGGGUUUCUAUACGCAUCUGCCUCUUUUUACAAUGAAGUGGAAAAGCAAGAGCACCGCCAUUUGAUAGCAUUCUGGCUUAUUUUAGUUGCAAUGGGAGCGAUGGUUGUGGCGUUCAUUACAGGCACUUUCGCUGUGUUAUCACAUUCUUUAGGCAUUGCAAUUACUGCAUGUAUUGUUGGCUCUUUCUCCUUUUUCAUUUUAAUUCCCGAAGUCUUUAAGCUUUAUAAUUACCAGUAUAUCACAGAUCCAGCUAGUGCCAUUUUCUGGGAAGAAAUAAGGAUUACAAACCAAUAUACCUGAGUAUGUGAACUCAGAGGAGAAUAAAGUUGCUUUGCAAAUCAAGAUGACUAUGAAGAUUUGAAUUUUUACUUUUUCAGUAUUUUAUUUUUUUUUUAUUUUUUUUUUUUUUCUUUGUGUUUAGGCUAAUAGGAGGAAACAAAAUGUAUCUUUUGUUGUUUUAGUGUUAUUGUGGAAAUGCAUUUUCUUUAUUUUUUACAA